AUUGCCGCUCAGAAUUGGGCUUUCUAGUGCUAGAAGACGCCAUAAAGCUGGGGAGACGCUAUUGAAAAUAACGGGAUAUUGGCUGAUUCGCUUAUUUGUUUUGGACGAAUAGUUGGGUUGCCGACAACGACGCGGGUUUCACUUUCAUUUACAACGAUCGUUGGUUGGGAUUGCCGCAUUUUUGCCGCGAUAGAAGCAUUCUUCGGAAUUUGGGGAAUCGUGAAAUUAUUUGUAGACGGGACCGCAAGGCAGGCGCUGGAUUCAAGGCUGUAGACGCCGAUACGCUUUCAGGGUGAAGUGAAACAAUCGAGAAAAUGGACGGCAACCGCCAAGGAGCACGCGGUCGUGGAAGGGCCUCUACGCAAAAUAUUCGGCCAGGAGGAAGACGUCCUGGCGAGACUCGACAACAGGGUGACCGUGGACAACAACCAGGGUUGGUCCCUGCUCCUCAGCCCGCUCAGCCUGCUUGGGGACAACCACCUCAAGCUCGUGGUGCUCCAAGUACCAUCAGUGGUCAUGUCAGUGGUCCUCCCUCUGUAGCUGGGAUGUCGUCGGGAACUACUGGUCCACGUCCAUCUGUCCCACCUGCUGGAGCAGGGCGAGCAACUUUACAUCGAGAUACAAAAAAUAUGCCAUCGACCAGUGCAACAGCUGCCGUAAUUGGUGGUGGAGAUGCCAGUCGGGGCGCAGUUCGGGGUAAUCGUGUAAUUCGGGACAUUGUUGUUACAAGGCCUACAGCUGUAACGAAUAAGCGCGGCAGUACUGGACGUCGAGUUAAUCUGGCGGCUAACUAUUUCCGUCUCGUUAAGGCACCCAAAUGGAAUAUUCUUCAAUACCGGGUGGACUUUUCACCGGAUAUUGAGCUGCUACACGUACGUCGAGCUUUAAUACGUGAACAUCGGGAGAAAAUUGGUGGUUACAUUUUCGACGGAACCGUCCUAUUUGUGACUAGAAAACUACCAAAUGAUGUAAUGGAAUUCGUCUCUAAGAAUAGAAAUGAUGAAGCGAUUCUAAUAACGGUUAGAUUUGUUGGAGUAAUAACCAUGUAUGAUGGGCAGGCAGUGCAGGUGCUCAAUUUGAUUUUGCGACGAGCUAUGGAGGGUUUGAAUUUGCAGUUAGUGGGAAGGAAUUUCUUUGAUGCGGUUGCAAAGAUUGACUUGCGGGACUACCGUAUUGAACUGUGGCCAGGCUAUACUACAUCAAUUCGCCAGCAUGAGCAGGAUAUACUUUUGUGUGUUGAAAUCGCUCACAAAGUUAUGAGAACAGAGAGAAUUUAUGACAUUUUGCAAAAAUGCGUACAAGAGACGCGUGAUUACCAGGAAAUGUUCAAGAAAGAAGUAAUGGGGAUGAUUGUACUGACGGACUAUAACAACAAAACAUAUCGAAUUGAUGAUGUUUGUUUCGAUCAGUCUCCGAGUACGAAAUUCCCCUUACGUGAUGGAUCAGAGAUUUCUUUCGUUGACUACUAUUCCAGGAAAUAUAAUAUCCGCAUAAGAGACCAACAUCAACCGCUUUUGGCUUCCCAAUCCACUGAUCGUAGCAGGCGUGCAGGGCAAGAUGCUGUCAUCUUGCUUAUUCCUGAAUUGUGCCGGGCUACUGGAUUGAGUGAUGAGAUGCGCUCUAGAUUUGAGUUGAUGCGAGCGAUGGCUGAUCACACUCGUCUUGCUCCGGCGAUGCGCAUUGAACGUUUGAAAGCGUUUAAUCAACGUUUAUACAACACUCCUGCCAGUAUCGAUGUGCUAGGAUCGUGGGAUAUGACGUUGGAUAAAAAUUUGGUUGAGUUGCCGGGACGUAUUCUAAAGCAAGAGAAUAUUGUUUUCGGGAAUGCGAAAAGAGUACCAGCUGGCGAAGAAGCAGAUUGGACUCGCGAAUUCCGCAAUAAUUCCAUGUUUUUGUCAGUUGCGUUGAGGAAGUGGUGCGUAGUAGUUCCGCAAAGGAGUACUCGCGAGGCAAGAGAGUUUAUUCGGUGUAUACGACAGGCGGCGCAGGGCAUGCGAAUGGAAAUGGAAGAACCCCAAGUUAUAGAAUUACACGACGAUCGUAAUGCUACGUAUAUUCAUGCUAUAGAACAGUGUUGCGGUUCAACUGAUCCUCAAUUGGUUAUGUGUGUUGUGCCAAAUAAUAAUGCGGAAAGAUAUGGCAGUAUCAAGAAAAAAACCACUCUCGAUCGAGCAAUACCGACGCAGGUGGUUGUUUUCCGCACGAUUGCUCCGAAACGAGGAUCGACCCGAGGUUUGAUGUCAAUUGCUACGAAAGUAGUUAUACAGAUGAAUUGUAAGCUAAUGGGUGCUCCAUGGAACAUUGAACUUCCGCUGAGCGGACUUAUGACAAUUGGUUUCGAUGUAUGCCACAGUGCUCGCGACACAAGCAAAUCAUAUGGGGGUAUAGUCGCUACAAUGGACUUGAAGUCAUCGGCGAGAUUCUACAGUGCGGUAUCUGUUCACACUAAAGGCAAUGAGUUGUGCACGGAAAUUUCAAUAAAUGUUGUGAAAGCUCUGCAGGAAUAUCGCAGGUUGCAUGGCACUUUGCCUGCUCGAAUCAUCCUCUACCGAGAUGGAGUUGGUGAGGGUCAAUUCCAUCAGGUAGCUAAAAUCGAAAGUGAAAUGAUACGGAACAGACUAAAUGAGAUAUAUGCAAAUGCACAAGUAGCCGAGGGUCCACGAUUCGCAUUUGUUAUUGUUUCCAAACGUAUAAACACUCGUUACUUCUUAGACAGAGGGAAUCCUCCACCAGGAACAGUUGUUGAUGAUGUUAUCACUCUGCCUGAGCGUUACGAUUUCUUCUUGGUAUCUCAGUCGGUUCGUCAAGGAACCGUGACACCUACUCACUACAGUAUUGUUGAUGACAACAUUGGGUUGGAUCCGGACAAAAUGCAAAUCCUGACGUACAAAAUGACUCAUUUAUACUACAAUUGGUCCGGAACCACAAGAGUUCCUGCCGUAUGUCAAUAUGCUCAUAAAUUGGCUUUCUUGGUGGCGCAGAGCAUUAACCAACCUCCUUCAAAUUUAUUGGAGAAACAAUUGUACUUUUUGUAAAAAGUAUUCAGGUUUUUUCGAAAUAUUACUAUCCGUGUUUAACGGACUUAUUGAGUUUUUGUUGUUUAUUACAAUGACAUUUUAGUUUUUACUUUUUUUGAUUACAAAGAAGAGAGCUAUUAAAAUUCGAUUUUUGUUAUUUUAUGAUAUAAGUUUUGAAAAUUGAAUGUAACACUUCCCAAGCAAUUGGAAAUUCAACUUUUGGACGGAGUUGGUCCAAAAUAUCAAGCGCCGUUUGUACUUGAAAAACAUGCUGGGUUUGAUGCCUUCCUGUAUGUGAUAUACGCCGUUUGAAAGUUCGGAAUGAAUUCCAGAAGUGAUUUAUAGGGAAAAACAUGGACUUUUAACUUCUUAAGUGCAUGGAGAUAUCCAACUAGUUGGAAUGAAAGCAUAUGAUGCGAAAAGUUGUGUUGAUUACACUCGCAUCAUGCUAUCAACAUAUUCCACAUCAAAAAUGUUUGUAUUUUAAUCUUCCAUGUCCAAGUUGCUGGGAAAUGUCACAAAAUUGAUUACGAAAUAUUUGAUAAAUAUAUUUGUUUACACGAGUAAUUUAGUUGUAGUGCUACGCAGAAACUAUCAGUGAUAAGUAUUGCACGGGAAGAAUACCAUGCUAUGUGAUCGGAGAGGUCCUAAUCACCCAAGGUACAGGAAAAGUAGAAUUCGAAUGUUUCCUAACAAAUUUUCGAAAGUUCUUAUUGUUGAAAUCUCAGAGGGAUUUAGUUCUAUAAUGUAUGACUUUGUUAGUUUACCCCGAACUACUACCUCCUUUUACAUAAACUCGAAAUUUGAAGUCAGAUUAAAGUUUAGAAUUUUUAUAUAAUGAAAAUAUUUGAAUGAGACAAUUUUUUGAGAUAAACCAAAAAAAAAUGUUAGAAUUUGCAGUAAUAUUUGAAUGAAAAAAUGGGGAGGGAUAUACGAUGUCUCGAAUCCAACGGUUGCUGCUUGUAAGAGCGACCAAGAAGAGCAUUUUAUUAUAGUUCAUUUCACAUUCUUGCUUUUAUAUGUACAAAUGAAAUUCCUUGAAUUUUAUUUUUGUUUUUGCUUUUAUAUGAAGGAUACAAAGUAAUGAGUGUAUUACCAACUUAAUCUCGCUAGCCAUACCAUUUAUAUAUACAUUUAUAUUUGAAUGAAUAAAUCAGUUUAUUUUUUGAUAGAAUUAAAA